AAAGAACAGAACAAAUAUCUGAAGAUGAAUUUAAAACAGUUUUUAAUACAAGACCGACUAUGAAUAUCGGCCUUAAAGUUGAGAGAGAUAGCAGCACAAUAUUCAACCGGUGAAGGGUCACUGUGAUAGGCCCACAACCAGUAAGAGAGAGAGAGGGAGAGACUAUUUCAACCUGUUCUUUGUAGCUGCACUGCUGAACUGGUGCCAUAUAUUGAAGUGAAACAAAUAUACGUUUUCUCUCUCUAACUUAUUGCACUAGUUCAGCAGUUCACACGUUUUGUUUAAUUAACACACAAAUAUGGCUGAUGAAAAGUCUGUAGUACAAGAAUUUAAGUUGGAUCCAGACUGUGAAUUGAGAUUUGAAGUGGAAAGUAAAAAUGAAAAAGUUACAUUGGAGUUGAAAAAUGGCCUGGCAGAAGUAUUUGGCACAGAAUUGGUGAAGGGCAAGAAAUAUGAAUUCAGCGCUGGUGCAAAAGUCGCAGUUUACACAUGGCAGGGCUGCACUGUCGAGUUGGUGGGCAAGACAGAUGUCAGUUAUGUGGCAAAGGAAACACCUAUGGGUCUAUAUUUGAACUGUCAUGCAGCUAUGGAACGAAUGAGGGAAACAGCUGAGAAGGACGACACCAGGGGCCCUAUCACAAUGGUUGUGGGUCCUUGCGAUGUAGGAAAGUCCACACUUUGUAGAAUACUGCUGAAUUAUGCUGUUAGAAUGGGUAGAAGGCCAAUCUUUGUUGAUCUCGACGUUGGUCAGGGACAUAUAGCGAUCCCAGGCACAGUAGGUGCUCUGCUCGUGGAACGGCCAUCAAACAUAGUAGAAGGAUUCAGCCAACAAGCUCCGUUGGUCUUCCACUUUGGGCAUAAAACUCCACAGGCUAACGUGACAUUGUACAAUUUACUCGUGACACGAUUGGCGGAGGUGUGCUCAGACCGACUGCAGGCUAACAAAAAAGCCCGCGUCUCGGGAAUUGUCAUCAAUACAUGCGGAUGGGUCAAGGGAGAUGGCUACAAAUUGCUUACGCAUGCGGCUCAAGCAUUUGAGGUAGACGCGAUUCUGGUGCUAGAUCAAGAGCGACUCUACAAUGAGCUGGUGAGAGAUAUGCCGGACUUCGUGAAGGUAGUGUUUCUGCCAAAAAGUGGCGGCGUCGUCGAGAGGAGUCAGGCUCAGAGAACGGAGGCGAGAGAUCAAGGAGUGAGAGAAUACUUUUAUGGCUCCAGGACUCCGUUAUAUCCGCACAGUUUUGAGGUGAAGUGGAGCGAGGCCAGGCUCUACAAAAUAGGGGCGCCUGUUUUGCCUGCAUCUUGCAUGCCGUUAGGCAUGAAAGCAGAAGAUAAUCUGACGAAAUUAGUGGCAGUCACGCCAGGACCCAGUUUACUACAUCAUUUGUUAUCUGUUUCUUUUGCCGACUCCCCUGAAGACGAUGUGGUGCAAACCAACGUAGCUGGAUUUGUUUGCGUCACUAACGUCGAUGUUGAGAGGCAGACAUUCACAGUGCUCAGCCCACAGCCUAGACCAUUACCAAAUACAGUUCUAUUGUUGUCGGACAUACAAUUCAUGGAUAGUCAUUAAUUGAUUUUGUUAUAAAAUAAAACAGGCAACGGAGUUAUAUAAAUUAUGUUAUAGUACGGAUUACGUUAGAUAUAAAUAAUAAAAUUGACUGUUAUGUACAUAUAUAUU